AUGCUGGCCCCCCUGUUGUCGCGACACAUUGGGGUCGUUCCCUUCUUGACUUGGGAACAACGUCUUCUGGAGCCUAAUUUGCGCUGGCCUGUCCCGGCGUCUCGGGUGGAGGAUGGGGCUGGAUCUUGCUCCACCGGAUCCUGGUCCGUGCCUCAAGGGGAAGACUGCUUCAAGCAGCUGCGUCAGGCCUGGAUACAGCGCAUUACCUGUCCGGCCUUCCUUGGGAAGUUUCGUGCAAACUUGGCGUCCGGUUCCAAGGACCCUCCAUUGUCCGAUGUUGAGCUGCGCCCUUUCCUCGACGAUCUCCGCUGCUUCCUCCGACUUUCCGAUAAGGAGUUCGAGACACUCAAGUGCGUUCCUCCUGGCCAACCCUUCCGCCUUUUCUUGCUUGAGGCCUUGCUCGAGGUUUCCAGGGACCCUGACCUUGCAUUUAUUGACAUUUUGGUCGAGGGUGUGCCGCUCGGCGUUGAUGAGGCAAUGCCCUCUUGUCCCGCACUUUUUCCUCCCUCUGAGCCGGUGGCUCCCUCUUUGCCGCUUCAGCACUGCGAGUCCGCUUGGGGCUCCGCCCUUUCUGACCCUGAAACCGUGGACUCUCUGUUGGAAUCUGAAAUUCGUGAGGGUUGGGUGCAGCCGGUCUUUGGGGGGUUGGCUUCUCUCAAGGCGCAAUACUCCCGUUCCGCCGUUGGCAAGCUGGGCCUCGUAAAGGCUCCUGAUCGUGACCCCCGUCUGGUGGUCGACAGCAGCGUUUCUGGGGUCACGGACCACACGUCCCUCCCCAACAAGUCCGCCAACCCCACUAUCUCCGGCCUUCGGCGCUGUUCCCCGGCCCGGCCCGCUCUGGAGAAGCUCUUUGCCCUCAUCUUAGACGUGAGCAAGGCACACCGCCGCAUCCUCAUCCGUCCAUCCGACCGUGGCCUGCUGUGUUUCUUUCACCGCGAGGUUCUUUAUCAAUGCCUUACCUUGAACUUCGGUGCCCGCGCCUCUGGUUUCUACUGGGCCCGGUUGGCUGGUCUCCUGUCCCGCCUCUUGCACCGGCUCAUUUACGUCCGUCACGCGCUCCUGAUAUACGUGGACGAUCUCAUUUCCCUUUUGUCUGGCCCGUCCGCUCCGGUUUGGGCGGCGCUUAUGUGCAUAUUUCUCCUUAUCCUCCGCGUUCCUAUGAGCUGGCAUAAGGCUUACUUGGGCUGUAGACCCACCUGGAUCGGUUGGUGCAUUUCACUUACUAGCUUCACUGCCGCCAUGGAGCCGUCAAAGCAGGACCAGAGCCUCCCACCGCUUGUGCACGUUGCACUUGGACCGGAUAAAUGGUCAGCGUUCCGGUCCAACCUGUCCAACGAUCUAGUGCUUUCGCGUGAGAUUGGCAUAGCUAGCUGCCCAAAGGGCUGUUCCUUGAUCUCUGUGGCUCAGAAGGAGGCUUUUGCGGAUGCUUGUGCUGACUCGCGUCAGGCGGGGCUUGGGGGUUUCGUCAGACUCCCCAACUCCCGCACUGUCUGGUUUCGUGCUUGCUUUUCCGCUGCGGAACUUCAACAUAUAUUCCCGUGGUUCCCGCCACACACCUCCCCUCAGAAGUUCAUUGCUGCCUGGGAGCUUCUUGGUCAAAUUGCCCUUCUUUGGUGCGUGGCCCUACUGAUUCCGGCCGCCCACCAUCCGAUCCACUUCAGCAGUCGCUGUGAUAACAGCCCCUCUGACUCGGCCGCUUGGAAAGGUAUUUCCAUGGCCCGCGGCAUGUGCUCCCUGCUCCUUUCCUAUUUUCUGUGGCAACGUCACUUCUGUGUGUCGACUUGCAUCGAGCAUGUCCCUGGCUUCCGCAAUGUCACCGCUGAUGGACUUAGCCGCAGUAAGGAUCCUUCCCAGUUUGGACUUAGGGUUACCGAUGAGGUUACCAUUCCAUGGCAGCUUAUUUCCGUUCCACCGCGUGGCACUUACCUUCCCGAGUCCGAAUUCUCGGCCUCAAAAUUUCCGGCAUUUCAGCCCUCUCCGCAGUUGCCCUGA